CACUGUUUCGUCUCGUUCAAGAGAUUCGUUCUCCGCCAUUCAUCCGGGCGAUUCCGCUAUCAGAGGCCCCUCCUGCCAAAGCUGAAAAUUGGCCACCUGCCCUGCCCGCAUCGUGUCAUUGCUACCGUUCUUCCCCCACGCCGAAGAAAAAACCGUCUUUUUCCGACCGUCAACCUUCUUCCUCACUCAGCAAUCUCUCCAAUUGACACCGCCAUCAUGUCCUUCUCCAGCCUUGUUCAGGACCUCAGCCUCCGCGACACCAAUGCCGCUCGCCGCCCUCAGAUUCCAGGCCCACGCUCCUCCGUCUCCACUCUUGACGACCGAGCAUCGCACAUCUCGCGGGCCAUGUCCUACGCCAGCACCGCCGCGACCAGCGUCAGCAUCUCGGGCGACAUCUCGAGCCAACUUCAUGGCGGAUACUUCCACCCUCUGGCCCGCUCGUGGCAGGCCGAGCGUCAACUCACCAAGUCGAUGCUCAUCUACCCCAUCUUUGUCACCGAUGGCGAAGGCGACAUGAUCCUCGUUCCCUCUCUCCCUGGCCAGCACCAGCUUAGCGUCGACAAGCUGAUCCCCUUCCUCGAGCCUCUCGUCCACAAGGGCCUGCGCUCAGUUAUGCUCUUUGGUGUCCCCAUGCGAAAUGGCACCAAGGACGCUCUGGGCACCGCCGCCGAUGACCCCGAGGGCCCUGUCAUCAAGGCCAUCCAGCUUAUCCGUCGACGUUUCCCCCAGCUCUUCAUCUGCUGCGAUGUCUGCCUCUGCGAGUACACUUCCCACGGCCACUGCGGUAUCCUGCGCGAUGACGGCAGCCUCAACAACCAGCUGUCUGUUGACCGUAUUUCGGAUGUCGCUAUUGCCUACGCCAAGGCUGGAGCUCACUGCGUUGCUCCCUCAGACAUGAACGAUGGUCGCAUUCGCGCCAUCAAGCUCAAGUUGAUUGAGGAGGGCAUUGCACACAAGACUGUGCUCAUGUCAUACUCGGCCAAGUUCUCUGGUUGCUUGUACGGUCCUUUCCGAGACGCUGCUGGAUCUGCGCCCUCAUUUGGUGACCGCAAGUGCUACCAGCUCCCCCCUGGUGGCCGUGGUCUUGCCCGACGAGCUCUUGUUCGAGACAUCAACGAGGGUGCUGACAUUAUUAUGGUCAAGCCUGCAAGCCAGUACCUCGACAUUAUCAGUGACGCCAAGGAGCUGGGCAAGGAUCUCCCCGUGGCCGCCUACCAGGUCAGCGGUGAGUACGCCAUGAUCCACGCUGGAGCCAAGGCGGGUGUGUUUGACCUCAAGGCCAUGGCAUUUGAGUCGACCGAGGGUAUCCUUCGAGCGGGAGCCACGAUCGUGGUCAGCUACUUCACCCCCGACUUCCUGGACUGGCUCGAGAACUAA